GAUAAGGAGGAUGUGUUCCAAGCUUUUUCUGAGCUUAAGAUCCCAUGGACUUCCCAAGCAGCUAGGUUUGAUGAUCUUUUUGCCUCCACCUCAUCACCUUCAGAGCUGAGGAAACCGGUCUAUGACAAGCCUAUGUACGAUGACGACGAUGUCUUUGAAGCUAUCUCUGAGAUUCACUACAAUGAGGAUGUUUCUGAAGCUAACCAUGAGAUUCAGUACAAUGAGGAUGUUUUUGAACCUAUCUCUGAGCUUCACUACAAUGAGGAUGUCUUUGAAGCUAACCAUGAGAUUCGGUACGAUGAGGAUGUCUUUGAAGCUAUCUCUGAGCUUCAAAUCCCUUCUACUUCUCAACCAGAUGAUGUUUCUUCCUCGCCACCUUCGGUGCUCGAAAAACAUAACACUGCUUCUUCGGAUGAUUCUCUCAAGAAGACAGAGAGCGAGCAAGAAGACAAGUGUCAAACCAAACCAGUGGAGAUUAUUGAUCUCACUGAUAAUGAAGCUGAAGUUAAAAAAAAGUGCAUCAUUGAUCUCACGACUGAUGAAGAAGCUGAAGUUGAAGAAAAGACCACCAUUGAUCUUACGACUGCCGAGUCUAAAGAAAAGCUGGACUUAGAGUUAAAGGAACUAAACAAGAGACUUGAAGAAAAGGUAAAGGAACUGAACAAGAGACUUGAAGAAAAGGAGGCUCAAAUACCAGGAAGUUACAAGGAAAAGGUUCAUGAACUGGAAAAGGAGAAAAGAGCACUGCAGAGAGAGAUUGAAGGUUUAAGACAGAAGCUUGCUAACAGAUCAUCUGCCACACCAUAUUGCAGUUGCAGUAAAAGGUCUAGCUGCAAGACAAUAAGGUGCCAGUGCUUAGUUGCAAACCAUUUCUGUCUUCCGUCAUGUGGAUGUUCUUCGAUCAGAUGUUCCAACAGAAGCAGAGAGAGGAGAGACUCUUGUAGCUAAAUAAGUUUUUUUUCUUUUAUCUUUUAGUAUGGCUUGUAGCCUAUCACAUAGUGAGUGUGUGAUUUAGGAUGGCCAGUAGUAGUGUGUAUUUAAGGAUGGAUAGAGAAGCAAAGAAAGAUGAUGUCAUCUUAGCCAUAGCCAGAUUGCUUGAUCUAUGGUCUGUGAGCGAAACAUUUGGAAAAGUUAAAAGAGUCUUGUUAAGUUUCUUCAUCAUCACCCUGGUGCUACAAUUGCCUUUCAGACUCAACAAACUGGUCCCUUAGCAUCUCUACAUCGAAAUCUUUGAAAGAAUACAGAGGUCUUCUACUGCAGCUCUGUUCUAUAUUUGUUUUAUGCCCUGUAGGUGUUGUUAUCACUAGGCAAAUCAAUUGAUCAUUUAUUCUAUAAAAACUUUAUAUAUGGCUUUCUACUUCUCGAGUCUUCAUGUUGUUUCUGCCUGUUAUAUUUUUGAC